AUGGCCUUCAAAAAUGGCAGUCUAGCAGUUCGGGAGCUGAGCUCCCAGCGCUACAAGGACCGCGAUGAUGAGGAUUUGGCCAGGGCUGGCAAGAAGCAGUACCUUGAGCGAAACUUCGGCUUCUUGUCGAUGUUGGGGUUCACCACAACGAUGAUGUGUACGUGGGAGGCGGUGCUCUUUUGUAAUGAAAUUGCAAUGGCUGAUGGAGGUCCCGCAACUCUCGUCUAUGGAUUUAUCUUUUGUUGGCUGGGUGCUUUAGUGACAGCAGCUUCCCUGGCCGAGAUGGCCUCGAUGACUCCCACCUCCUCCGGUCAAUAUCACUGGGUAGCGAUGCUAGCCCCCAAGAGUCAGGCUGUAUUCCUGAGUUGGGUGACUGGCUGGCUGGACCUGAUCGGAUGGUGGGCUAACACUGCCGUCGGUGUUUACUUCGGUGCAACUGUUACCCAGGGUCUUCUUGUUCUGAAUUAUCCCAACUACGACUAUCAGAGGUGGGAGGGAACGUUGCUGUGUUUUGCCUGGCUACUUUUAUGUGUGCUCGUCAAUUCCGUCGGGGCGAAGAUUCUUCCCAAGAUAGAAGGUCUUAUUUUGAUCCUUCACAUCAUGGGGUUCUUUGCCGUUCUGAUUCCUCUUACCUACAUGGCACCUCACAAGAAUGCUUCUUAUGUUUUUGCUACAUUUUCGAAUGAUUCCGGGUGGUCUAGCUCCGGAUUGACGUGGUUGAUUGGUCUGAUGGGAACCAAUCUGCCAUUUAUCGGAUACGACGGCCCCUGCCACAUGGCCGAGGAAGUCGUCAACGCCUCCAUCGCUGUACCCUGGUGUAUGAUCGGCACAAUCUUGCUAAACGGUUCCCUUGGAUUUGCCAUUGUUGUCGCCUUCCUAUUUUGCAUCGGCGAUGUCGACCAAGCCCUCAACACCGAUACUGGGUACAGUUAUAUCGAAGUCUUUUACGCCGCCACGAAAUCACACGUAGGAGCCUCCGUGAUGGCUGCCAUCCCAGCGGCGCUCGUUAUCUGUGCAUCCUUCGGUUUCCUGGCUUCAUCUUCCCGGCUCACCUGGGCAUUUGCGCGAGACAAAGGUGUUCCGUUCUCGGACUUCCUCUCUCACGUUUCUCGUCUGGAAAUCACCGGUUCCUCCCUCCCUCUCCGCGCCGUUAUUCUCUGCGCCGUUAUCACAGGCAUUAUCUGUAUCAUCAACAUCCCCUCCAGUGCUGCAUUCAACGCCAUGAUCUCGUUGACUACCGCUGGUCUUUUCGCCUCAUACGAGAUUGCUAUCGUGCUAAUGCUCUUGAAGAAGAUAAAGGGAGAGCAUGUCAAGUACGGUCCCUGGACUCUUGGCCGAUGGGGGAUCCCUAUCAAUAUUGCAUCAAUUUCCUUCCUUACUAUCGCAAUAUUCUUCUCGUUCUUUCCCCAGGGACUGCCCGUCACUGCAGUUAACAUGAACUGGUCGAUUGUCGUAUUUUCUGGCGAGUUCUUCCUUGGCCUCUGUUGGUAUCUAGUCCGUGGAAGGAAGAUCUAUAAUGGACCUAUUAUUGAGGCCGAUGUGGUAGGCAUGGAAGAACAGUAUACUGUGUCCUCUUGA